CUAAUCGUGUUUUAUCUAGACUAUUUCGGUAAAGAAAUUACGAUAAUCAUAAUAUACAAACUGAUUUAUUCUGAGGUCGAUGAAAUACAUACCGGUAUUGAUACAUUGUUGAAGUGUAUAGCUACGGUAUGUUAUCAGACCGGGCAUGAAUUCUGAUCGAGCAAAAACAAUUUACAUUCGGGAUAUUCUACCUCGAGAUAUCAAGGACUUAUUGAAGGAGCCAAACUACGACAUUGAUAAAAUACUUUUACAGCAAAUAAAAGUGGUAUCAAAUUGUAAAAAGGCUCUUGUCCACAAACGAAAAGAACUAUUGGUCUCAAUAGAAAAAGAAUACUCUGAGAAUGACUACAAAAUUUGCGGUCCAUUUGAUGGAGAGUUUUUGAACUUGGUGUUAAAAGAUGUUGAGAAAGAUGAAGCAGAAGCAAGAAGAAAGGUUCUUGGAGAACAACAAAGCGUUGAAAUGUUCAAAGAGGCUUUCGCUGCUGAUGCUGUUUCUGAAGAUUAUCUAACAUCAGCAAGAUCAUACAGAGAUGCAAUGACAAGACAGUUGCGAGACGUUGUUGAAGGAAGAGAAAUUGUUCUUAUCGCACUCGAAAUAUUAAGAAGAUCGCCAAUGGCCCUUAUUCCUCAAAAUAACAUUAAGAUGAGUAAUCUUGGUAUAGCUUACACUGAAGCCAGGGACCGUCAUGUAGAUGAAUGUGAAACUCUGCGUAAAUUAACAGAAUACAAAAAGAAUCGAAAAUUGCAUAUCACAGAUGAUGAUGAAUUGUUCAGAUUUUUUAGUGAUGAGAGUUUUGAAGAAAAUGAAGACGAAGAAAGUGACCCUCAUGAAGAGGAAACAGAAGAGUCUAGUUUAGCAUCUGCACUUGCUGAGAGUGAAGCUGAGGCACAAAAACUUGUUAAUUUCAAAAUUUUAAAAGUUGAUGCAAUUGACAGAGAGUUUAGAGUUUUAGCUGAUGUAACAGCUGAUAUUUUGAAACAUGAAGUCACCAUGAAGGACACACUAACUUUUAUUAAUGAAGUAGCUUCUCAUCAAUUGUCUGCUGCUUCGGGAGUCGGGAUUGAAAAAUAUAUAAAUUAUUUAAAAAUGAAACAUCCAAAGUUAAAAUUCAAACUUUCUACAAAAGGUUAUAAUUUUAGUCUAAAAGUAAUGAGGAGAACAAAAUCAGUUGUUUCUUUGACAUUACUUACAACUUUAUUAGAAACAUCACAGGAUUUGCCAGAAGAAGUUUUGCAUGCUCAAGAAAGGUUUUCUCAGUUGUCAAAUGCCGUGAAGCGUAUUUGUAGUAUGUAUGGCAGAUGUGCUAUGGCAUUUCAAGCAAUUUUGAAUAAAGAAGAUGAACUACAACAAGCAAUCAAAGAUACUUCUGAGGUAAACUACGCUGAUUCUUUGAGAAUUUCUGACAAUUUUGCGUUUAAUAUGAAAGAAGUCAGAAGAGUGAAUGAUUUGAAAGAUGAUAUUAAAGUAAUAGCAGAUAAUAUUUUGAAAGAAGUUAUGGAGAUUGGGAGCUGAUUUGUUUAAACUUUAAUUGUCCGAUGUUGAUAGUACAUACAGGAUCGUUUAUAUUGAUUAUUUCCGGAAAAUCUUUGCACUAAAUCAGGGGUCGGCAACCUAUGGUCCGCAGGCCGGAUCCGGUCCGCGAAGUAACAUAAUCCGGUCCGCGACGCUUCACUGAAUUAUAGUAACAAAACAGCUGUUUUGACGAUUAUAUUUUUCACGUUACACAAUUCAUUGUGAGAUGCGUGUAGACUAAGUUAUUUUAUAAUCUAACAAGUAUAAAUUCACAAUUACUCGUUUAAUGAGCCUAUAAUUCAAUUAUAAUUAGACAGAUGGUAGUAAAACGCAGAAAAACUGAUGCUAAGUGCAAAGGGUUCAUUGGCGCCGAAAAUACAAUGAGCAAAUAAAUCUAUAUUCUAUUCGAAAGAUGUAUCACUGCAUUUUUAUUAUAAAAAGUAUCAUCCGUUCGGUUUUCAACUUUCUAAGCAUAUGUGCGGCCCGCCAAUGACUUGCAACCAUUAUUUUGGCCCACGAGCGACAAAAGGUUGCCGACCCCUGCACUAAAUCAUCACCUAUUCUCUAUAUUACAAUGAUUAUGCAAUUGCGUUUGAUUUUAUCAGCAAGAACACUGAAUACCGCCUCGCUUUCAUUUUUAUCUUUACAUACCUCUUUGUAUUUCAUUGGAUUUUUUAACUUCACUAUAAAUACAAACGGGGCUAGUCUGUGAAGCUCACUAUUCUAAUAAUAAAAUCUGUCCUACUGCACUCGUUUGUCUAAUACUAAUCUAUUAGUUAUUCGUAUAAUCAAGUCUUUAUAUCACAGUUUUGAGUGUCUUACUUGUUCUGAUAAGUUUAAAAUAAUUGAUA